AUGCCGAAGGAAUUCACCGGUUGGGAUAACAACUCCACCAACGCCCGCCCGGGCUUCUCCCGUGCGGUCGGCAGGAGCCUCGUGCCCGGCCGCUCCGGCUCCGACUACCCCAAGUACACAUUCGAGGGCGCCGUCGAGAUUACGUCGCAGCGCAACACUCGCGGCACCCUGCAGUACUGGGAAGGCGUCAAGGCUGGUACCGAAGACCCAGAGGCGAAUUUCCGGAUUGCGAAGGAGACCCGCGCGAGGCAGCGCUCCUCCGCCGUCGGAGCCGCGCUCAAGUUCCCCCCCGAGAUCCUCGGCGACGUUUACGGCGAUCCCGUCGAGGCAAAGAAGCGCGCGCAGCUCCAGCGCGCGCUCUCUCACGACCAACGCGCGGCCCUCCAGAAGGAGCUCCUGGACGGCUGGGCGCAGGUGGCUGGCGACGACAAAGCGAUGAAGUCAGCCUUUUCGGCGAUGAAGGAACCCUCCGAAGCCGCCCCGCCGGCUCCCGACACCCCGGUCAAGGUGGACCUGGUCGUCACCGAGUCACCGACCAAGGACGAACCCGCCAACGCCCCGCCCCCCUCCGCGUUCAAGCGUUCCAUGCCCACCGUGCCUUACUCGCAGUGCUACACCGACGUGGUGUCCUACGGAGGGGUGAAGAACGAGGCGUUCACCUCCAUCAGCGCGUGA